AUGGCACGGGCUUUUCAAAAUUUAUAUGUGUCUACUCUCAACUCUCAAGCAUCUUUGCUUUCUUUUGGGAUGAUACUUACCAUUUUGUCCUUGCCUCGGACUGCUAAUGUUGCUUGGAACAUGGGGGAGUGGGAUCAGAUGACUGAGUAUGUAUCUAAAUUGGAUGAUGGUGAUGAAACUAAACUCAUGGUGUUAGGGAACAUCAAUGCCAUAGGUGAUUGUGCCAACAAUGAGACAUUCUUCAGGGUGGUUCUAUUAGUUCGUAAAGGAAAGGUAAUUUUAGAAUCUGGAUUUCUUCACUUUUAA